UCCCGCCGCCGACUGCAGCCUUGCCUCGCCUGAAUCCAUGGCUUGAUUCGACUUGCUCCAUUGCCAAUUACACAUCUCCCCCCAGCUCACCAUGCUUGCGGCAACCGCGCUUGCCACAGUCGUGGCUGCGUCCUAGCAGCUUGCACGCGAUCGCAUGGCCAGGCCAGCUCUGAAGAAGCUCGCCACCGGACCACCAGAUGCCAAAGAGGAGAUCAUCCGCCUCUGCUCUAGAGGCCGCCUCAAGGAUGCUCUGCACCACCGCUUCCGCGAGGUCCUCUGGUCGGAACCUGACCUCUUCUCCCACCUCUUUCGGGCCUGCCGCGCCCUCCCGCUCCUCCGCCAGCUUCACGCCUUCGCCGCCACGUCUGGCGCCGCCACCGACCGGUUCACCGCGAACCACCUCCUCCUGGCUUACGCCGACCUUGGCGAUUUCCCCACCGCGCGCUGUUUGUUCGAGAGAAUUCCCAAGAGGAAUGUCAUGUCCUGGAACAUUCUCAUCGGGGGUUACAUCAAGAACGGUGACCUGGAAACCGCGCGGAAGCUGUUCGACGAAAUGCCCUCGAGGAAUGUCGCGACGUGGAAUGCCAUGGUCGCUGGACUCACCAACUCGGGACUUAACGAGGAGAGCUUGGGGUUCUUCCUUGCCAUGCGGAGGGAGGGAAUGCAGCCUGAUGAGUUUGGCCUCGGGAGCUUCUUCCGGAGCUGUGCUGGGCUCAGGGAUGUUGUGUCCGGGCGGCAGGUCCAUGCAUAUGUUGUGCGGUCUGGACUAGACAGGGACAUGUGCGUUGGGAGCUCGCUGGCACACAUGUACCUGCGGUGUGGUUUUCUUGAAGAAGGGGAGGCUGUUCUCCGGGUGCUGCCAUCGCUUAACAUUGUGGCAUGCAAUACCAUAAUCGCUGGAAGAACGCAGAAUGGAGACUCAGAGGGUGCGCUCGAGUAUUUCUGCAUGAUGAGAGGUGUUGGCGUGGAAGCAAGUGCAGUCACAUACGUGACUGCCAUUAGUUCUUGCUCGGACUUGGCAGCUCUUGCACAAGGUCAGCAGGUUCAUGCACAAGCUAUGAAAGCUGGAGUCGACAAGGUUGUGCCGGUCAUGACUUCUCUCGUGCAUAUGUACUCUCGAUGUGGGUGCCUAGGUGACUCUGAAGGAGUUUUCUCUGGGUAUAGUGGUACAGAUCUUGUGCUUUGCAGUGCGAUGAUCUCAGCUUAUGGAUUCCAUGGGCAUGGACAAAAGGCAGUGGAUCUGUUCAAACGAAUGAUGGCUGGAGGGGCAGAACCCAAUGAGAUUACUUUCUUGACCUUGCUAUAUGCAUGCAGCCAUAGUGGUCUGAAAGAUGAAGGCAUGGAUUGUUUUGAGCUUAUGACUAAAACUUACAGACUGCAGCCAAGUGUUAAACACUAUACUUGUAUUGUGGAUCUUCUUGGACGUUCGGGUCGCCUAAACGAAGCAGAGGCCCUUAUCCUGUCAAUGCCUGUGCGUCCUGAUGGGAUCAUAUGGAAGACACUACUGUCUGCUUGUAAGAUACAGAAAAAUUUUGACAUGGCCGAGAGGAUAGCAGAGCGCGUCAUUGAGUUGGAUCCUCAUGAUUCUGCCUCUUAUGUUCUUCUGUCAAAUAUUCGAGCUACCAGCAGCAGAUGGGAGGAUGUCAGUACAGUAAGAGAAACCAUGAGGAAACAAAAUGUGAGGAAAGAACCUGGAGUUAGCUGGGUGGAGUUUAAGGGUCAGAUUCACCAAUUCUGCACCGGAGAUAAAUCACAUUCAAGGCAACUGGAGAUUGAUGAAUGCUUGGAAGAAAUGAUGGCCAAAAUCAGGCAGUGUGGGUAUGCACCGGACAUGAGCAUGGUGUUGCAUGACAUGGAGGAUGAGGAGAAAGAAGUUAGUUUGGCUCACCACAGCGAGAAGUUGGCUAUAGCAUUUGCUUUUCUGAGCUUACCUGAAGGAGUUCCUAUCCGUAUUAUGAAGAAUCUACGCGUCUGUGAUGAUUGCCAUGUAGCUAUUAAGUUGAUGUCUAAGGUAACUGGACGGGAGAUUGUGGUCCGAGAUGUAAGCCGUUUUCACCAUUUCAAAGAUGGAAAAUGCUCUUGUGGAGAUUAUUGGUGAUAGGGGUAGAGUGCCAUGAAAAUACCUUUUGCCUCAAUUGAGCCAACAAGACUUCCAACUCUAAAUUAUGCACAGCCAAUCAUUUAUUAUCCUCUAUCUUUGAGCAACUUCGAGCUACAGCUAUUGACUGGAUGUAGAUGGGCGGGCCUAUCCACAAAUUUAGUCAUUCAACCCACAGGAAGAACUGAUAUGGUCAAUGAGGGUUGAUUAUAUUUCUUUGUGAUCCGAAGUGGGUUGUCAUGCUAAACCACCCACAAAGACAUGCUUCGGUGAUUCAACCCUUGCUUCACUCAUGUGCAUUGCUGAGUGAGCGCCGUUGCCACCGCUUCACUUCACAUCACUUGCAUUCAUGAGCAGCAAAGAUGCCCAUUCUGAUUUCUGAAGUCCGAACCAUCUUGCAGUGCACAUGUGUAUCAACUAUCGCCAGCACCAAUUUGCACCACCAGCGUGUUUGAGAAAUUUGAAAUGUGUUCAAUUUACAGUUUCUUCAGUCCAAACUGGAAUUCCUGAUUACUGCAGAUAAAACAUGUUAUUGCUCAGUAUUGAAAAUAGGAAUUUCUGUCUUCAGUUUCAGUAUUCAGUGUUCAAUUUGUUCAGCUUCUGUCCUCAAACAUUUGUUGCUCCAGCGUGGGAGAGCCACAGGAGUUGUACUGAUGUUGCUUGUGUUCUGUGAGUUUGUUGAUGUGCUAGACUGCUAGUCCUUGGAGUCCGAAGGGUUGUUCUUGUAACAUUUUCAGUCCUGGACUCCUGGUAGUUUUGGAAAAUGAAUGCAGACCAAUGACUUUGUCGGGUUGAGCAGGAGCUCAUCUAGAUCAUUGUAAUAGAGAGGUACAACUCUUGUAAACUCAUUGUCCUGUUUUGCAGUACAAACUCUUGUAAACUCA